AUGGGGGAACGUACUUCGAUCUGGAUGCCAUUGGACGUCCCCGCUGUUCUGGAAAAAAACUAUCCACAGUUAAUACACACGGAAGAGAAAUCGUUACACAGGUCUAACCCAACAGAAGUGAACCAGCUCUAUGAAGUGGGAAAUCUCUAUGACUGGAGAACGAAUAAUUACGCCAUGCAUUUGAAACUACUUCGAGGAAAUUCGACAAAAGUUCCAGAACUCUACCUCAUUCACGGGGAACCAUCAACACAAAUCUACGGUCGAGCAGUCAAAGUGUCCGAACACCACAAAGAUAUUGUGCGUCUUGAGGCCGUCUUGGAAUAUGGAGGAAUUUACCUUGAUCUGGACGCCAUGGUCGUGAAACCACUGGAUCCAUUACUGAACUAUGAAGUGGUGAUGGGAUACGAGCACGAAAAUGGUUUGUGUAAUGGCGCGAUCAUCGCAGUAGCUUGGGCUGACUUUUUGAAGAUAAGGCACUUAGAAUACAAGUCGUUUCAAGAUAAACAAUGGGCCGAACAUUCAGUCCAUCUGCCAGCCGUGUUGGCUAGGAAACACAAAAACCUGAUUCAUACGGAGGAAAGAUCUUUCUACCGACCAAACUGGGAAGAUAAUGAUCUACGCCAGCUUUAUGAAGUAGGGCAAAUCUACGACUUGAAGACAAACAACUAUGUUGUCCAUUUGUGGAUUAGAAAACACGGAAUAGAACACAACUCAGAAGACAUACAAACUUGGAACACUACAGUUGGCCACAUUUCAGAUAUAUUUAUUGUGGUAAAUUAAAUCAGAUAUAUUUAUUAUGGUAAAUCGGAUAUUAUUACACAGACUCAAGCACACAUGUAUUGGUACCUUGGGGGCAGGAUGUAGCCCAACGGUAGAGCGCUCGCUUGAUGCGUGGUCGAUCU